UUUGGGUUAAUAAAUAAGAUAGAUAAAAUAACAAAUCCGGGUCACAAAAAUGGAGAAUUCAUUUUUUGAAUACCGAGAUAAGUCGGGAGUGGAAGUAGAAAGUGAUUCAGAUACUGACAUUAUCGAAGAAAGUUUUCUCGAAGACUUGAUGCCAAAAACUCCAAUGAAAACUCCCAUGCGAAAUAACCCCACGGUUGUACCUGAUUCAGAGGAAUCUCUUGUUUACGAUGGAUCGGAAGAUGAAAAAGACACCCCUAGGGCUCCCAAAAAUGUCGUAGGAAGCAGUGAUGAUGAUGCAUCGGAAGAUGAAAAAGACACCUCUCAGGCUCCCAAAAAUGUUGUAGGGAGCAGUGAUGAUGACGGAUCGGAAGAUGAAAAAGACUCCCCUCAGGCUCCCAAAAAUGGUGUAGGGAGCAGUGAUGAUGAGGAGGUCUCACCAGAACUGGUACCCCGACGUCGCCCACCUCCCCGCCCGAAAUCCCUGAACACCACAACCGACUCCCCCAUCAUCCGGAGAGUCAAGAAGCGCAUGGUCCUCGACUCCGACUCUGACAAUUCCAUAAUCAUCGAGAAAGCCGAGAGAAAUAAAGUGAAAUGUCUGAAAGAUACGCCAUUAAAAAUUGACGGUGGGAAUAAAGAUGGUAAAAUAAAUGAGAGUGAAGAAAGUGGCGACGAUCCUAUGGGUGAUAGUGAAAGUGAUGAUGAUGGCGUCAAAGGUGAUGAGGAAACAGCUGAUGACAAUAAUGAAGAAGAUGAUGAUGGUCCCAACGAGGACCUGAUGGUUAUGUCGCGCGCGACAAGAAUGAGUAUUAUAGGAAUAAUACCAAAAGAUAACGAUAGUGACGAGUCGGACUUUAUCGAGUCUGACGAGAGCGUAAAACGUAGCAUCGCAGGCUCAAUAGAAAGCUUAACCGACCUACCUUCUGACAUCCCAACAAGCAGGAUACCUUUGGCUGAAUCCACCCGGCGAGUCACAGAAAUGAACCUAUCACCUCUUCAAGAAACAGGUCUUGACAGCGACUCAGAAAUCUCAGAAUUACCGGAAGUCAAUAUAACCACCCGGACACCAAAUAAGCCUAAAACACCAAAACCUUUGACACCAGCAAAAGCGUUAGAAGAUUCAGACAAAAAUGAUGAUUCCGUGUUAACCUGCUCACCAAUACAGAGCCCUUUGCGUGAUGUUACUGCAGAUUUUAACAACUCUCCAAAAAUGCGUAAAGAAACUCUUAAAGACAAAGUUUUAAAUAAUUUACUAGCAAACGAUAACAAAACUUAUUACGACGGAGAAGUUACAGUAGUUGACGAUGGUUUUGCGAAACCAAAAAGUAAAAUGACUAAGAAUAUUUACUAUGACGGUGAAGUGACAGUUGUGGAGGAAACUAGGAAAGCGGGGAAGGAGAAUGUUUGUGAAGAUGAAGAUGGGGCGGGGAAAGAAAAUGUAUGUGAAGAUGAGGAUGUGGCUGUGAUAGAAUCAGUGCCUGAGGUCAUCAUGCUGAGCAGUGACGAGGAGGAUGAGUUGUCCGUCCCAAAGGCCGCCAAAAACUCUUCCCCAAAGACCAAAACCUCUCCGAAGCCGAAGUCAGAGAAGCGCGACAACACCAUCAAACAGUACCUGCCUCCGCCCAGCUACCCAAACCAAGUGGUGUACGUGCAAAAACAUGUGCUGGACAACGAGCUUAGCAAACUCAAUGGCAUGCAAGCUGACUUGCAAAACAUCAGGCACCUCCUGGACAACAUGGACGUGAGCACACUCCCCGACGGCGGUUCCAGGCUUAUCACUCGUCUCACCGAACUAGAGGCGGCCGUGCGCCAGCAAGGCGACAGGGUCGGCAAUAUGGUGGUCGAGCCUUCUCAACCCACACCGGCUGAUAUAGCGAGGGAUGGAUACGACCAGGGACUGUCCUGGGACGAUCUGCAGAAGGCCAGCAACGCUGUGCAGCCCAGGAUGUUUGGCAAGCAGGCGAUGUCAACCCAUCUUGCGGAGCGCAACCUGAUCCUCGAGCGUCUCCGCGACCUCCACUCAGCAUUAGACACGCGACCAGGCGAGGAGAAACAAGCGCCGGCGCCGGCUGCCAUGAAAACUGAACUCAUGCCGCAUCAGAAACACGCGCUGGCUUGGUUGCGGUGGCGCGAAGGGCUAAAUCCGCAUGGCGGGAUCCUUGCGGACGACAUGGGUCUCGGCAAGACCAUCACAAUGAUCUCCCUGAUCGCGGGCGACCGGGAGAUCGCUGAUGAUGGGGAGGAAUCCGACGAUGAUGAUGAUAGGCCCAGGGGCAAACUAACAAAAGGCGGGACGCUGGUAGUAUGCCCGGCAUCUCUCAUGACCCAGUGGGAAGGAGAGGUGAAGAAGCACUGUCUCCCUCACCGAGUGACGACGGUUUUACAUCAUGGAGCUUCAAGAGCCCAGCAGCCUCAACGACUCGCGCACACGGAUAUAGUGAUGACUACUUACAACAUACUGCAGAGGGAUAGCGAGAAGAACGGAGUCCUGAUGCGCAUAUCGUGGCGGCGCGUGAUCCUGGACGAGGCGCACAUGGUGCGCAACCACAAGAGCGCCACCUCGCGCGCCGUGUGCGGCCUGCGCGCGCGCCGCCGCUGGGCGCUCACCGGCACGCCGCUGCACAACAAGGAUUUAGAUCUGUUCGCUCUGCUCAAGUUCCUGCGGUGUACGCCCUUCGAUGAUCUCGCCAUGUGGAAGAAAUGGAUCGAUAACAGAAGCGCGGGCGGGCAGGAGCGGCUGAGCACCAUCAUGCGCUGCAUCAUGCUGAGGAGGACCAAGGUGCAGCUGCAAGCUAAAGGACAACUCAAGGACCUGCCGGAGCGAACCGCGCACCAAUGCCACGUGACGCUCACUAAAGAAGAGAUGAACGUCUAUCAGAAAGUGCUGGUGUUUUCGAAGACUCUUUUCGCUCAGUUCCUUCACCAGCGCGCAGAAAAGGACGCCGACGGCGGUUUUAUGCCAAGAGGGGGACAGAAGGAUACCGCCUACUACGAGAUGCACAAAAGGAUGAUUGCACUUCAAGGAGCAAAGCCAGUGAAAGCCCACGAGAUCUUGGUCCUGCUUCUGCGGCUCCGUCAAGUGUGCUGCCACUGCGGCCUGAUCGCCGCCAUGUUGGACGGGGAUGACACCGGCGCCAUCGAGGAGGACGAGGGCGGCAAGGACCUGCUGGCCGAGCUGAACAAGCUGACCUUGGAGGACGCUAAUAAGAGCCGUGAUAAAGCGAACGACUCUACAACAGCGCCAGAGGAAGAAGGCACGACGGCAGCCGAGGCCAUUCGCUCCGUACUGUCUCCGAAUAACCCCGUGUUCCAACUUACCAUGCGCUCCUCUAAGAUCGAAGCUGUCAUGGACUGUCUUAAGAAAAAUGUGCUGGUCAAUAAAGGUGAAAAAGCAGUAGUGGUGUCCCAGUGGACGUCGGUGCUGAGCCUCGUGGAGGCAGAAUUAAAGCAGGAGCGCGUGAAGAGCGUCACCCUGAGCGGAACCGUGCCCGUGCCGGCGCGAGCGGCGCUCGUCAACGCCAUCAAUGACCCCAAGUCCGACGUCCGGAUAAUGCUCCUCUCCCUGUGCGCCGGCGGCGUGGGUCUCAACCUGUGCGGAGCGUCACACCUCCUCCUGCUGGACCCGCACUGGAACCCGCAGCUGGAGGAGCAGGCGCAGGACAGGAUCUACCGCGUCGGCCAGACCCGCCCCGUACACGUAUACAGAUUCAUGUGUGUGGACACGGUAGAACAGAGCAUCCGGAAGCUCCAGGACGCCAAAUUAGAAAUGGCCGCCAACGUGCUCACCGGCGCCCGGCACACCAGCGCCUCCAAGCUGAGCAUCGAGGACCUGAAAGUGCUUUUCAACAUGGGACAACAGUAAUAUUAAGCUCCAGUUUUCCUGAAUAUACAUACUUAUAUUAUAAAUGCGAAAGUGUGUCCGUCUGUCUGUUAGUGUUAACACUUCACGCUUAAACCGAUUUAGAUGAAAUUUGUCAUAGAGAUUGAGUACCGGGGAAAGACAAAGAAAAGUUUUCAUGGCGGAAGUCUUCUCUAAGGAGAGUGAAGGGGGAAGGUAAGUCGCCAAUAGAGGGGUUGGCCCCAUAGUAAAAGUUGCUCAAUAUAAUCCCAAAACCUCCCUGGCAACGGGAAUGCACUUAUUUUUUGGCCAACCUGUAUAUAUCGUUGGCAGAUAUCUCGUAAAUUCAAUGUUUGAUAGUAGGAAUUUAUGGUAAAUAAUUAUGCUUGGUAAUACUUUUUAUGUUUAACACAAGAUGCAUUGAAUUUUAUGUA